AUGGGGAGUACGUUAGACAUGCAGCACAGAAUAGACUUAGAUUCCCCGCGAUGGGAUCAGAGCACAUUUGCCGGCCGAUUGAGACACUUCUUCUGGAUGACCGACCCCCGAACUGCCCUGGUAUCUACCUCCAGACUUUACGAGGCUCGCGAUCUUGUCCUUAAAUACAAAGCAGGUCAGGAGCCUCCAGGCACAACAGAGGAAGAAGUGUGGUAUGCCAAAAAACUGUACACAUCGGCCUUCCAUCCUGACUCAGGGGAAUUACAGAAUGUGAUUGGUCGAAUGUCCUUCCAGGUGCCGGGUGGGAUGCUGCUGACUGGGUGUAUGUUACAGUUCUACAAGACAAAUUCUGCUGUGGUGUUCUGGCAGUGGAUGAACCAGUCUUUCAAUGCUCUUGUCAACUACACAAACAGAAACGCAGAAUCUGACCUGACAACAAAGAAGAUCAUGGUGGCUUAUGUCAGUGCGACAACCUGUGCUUUGGUGACUGCCUUAGGAUUGAAGGGUACGCUGGCCAGGCGUGCUCCGCCAAUGGUGCAGAGAUUUGUUCCCUUUGUGGCCGUAGCUUCUGCUAACGUGGUGAACAUUCCAUUGAUGAGACAAAGUGAAUUAACAGAUGGAAUCGCUGUCUUUGAUGAGAAUGGCAACAAGAUCACAGAAUCCAGGUACGCGGCUGUGAAAGGUAUCAGCCAGGUGGUGGCUUCUCGUAUUGUCAUGGCAGCACCGGGAAUGACACUAUUGCCAUUUUUAAUGGAAUACCUGGAGAAGUUCCAGUGGAUGCAAAGGAUGAAAGCCUUCCAUGCCCCGCUACAGGUGCUGCUCUGUGGAGCCUUUUUGACCUUUAUGACACCAACAGCAUGUGCACUUUUCCCUCAGCGCUGCUCUAUCACCACAGAUAAACUCAGCAUUUUGGACGGAAACAAACUCAGUGCAAUCAGAAGCAAAUACGGACCAAAUACUCCAAAGAUAUUAUACUUUAACAAGGGUCUAUGA